AGAACUGCCAAAGUUGAUAUCAAAAUAAAAACACGUGUGGUCGCAUUACAUUUAUUUCGAAAAAUUGAAUUUCAAAUUAGCAACAUGACCGAGGAAAAUAAAGAAUUGGCGAUGGAAGAAAUCGAACAAAAGACGGACACAAAGGUAGAAAAUAAAGAAACCGGUGAAAAUGUUGCUACAAAUAAACCUACUUCUAAGGCAGCAAAAGCUAAUAAACAACCGUCGACGAAGAAGCCAACAAAAAAGAAAUCCACUGAAAACAAUCCCAUACGCGGUCUACCUAAGUCUGGGCGUCCAUGGAAAACACCAAAGCAAAAGUUCACAACAAUUAAGAAGACGACAAAACGCUUAUCAUUCGAAAAGAAACAGGAGUUGCGCAAUGAACUGCGGCACGUAAAGGAAUUAUCGAAGGAGAUUAAAGAGCAACGUAAGGAAGCGGCCGUGCAAAAGAAUCAAAGACGUGUGGAAAAUGCUGAACGCCGGUUGGCCAAUGAGCGGCGAGCUGAGGUCGUACAGAUAAUAAAGAAUCCAUCGAAAUUGAAACGUUUGAAGAAGAAGCAAAUGCGUAUGAUUGAGAAACGCGAUGUUAGUCAGGUGAAAGCGGUGUAGUCUGGAGGGUAACCUAGUACGCGGCUCAUAGCGGGAGGGUAGACUAAGUUUUGUAGUUACUAUACUUAUGUAUAUUUUUGUAAAAAGAAAAUUACAAAAUUAUGUGUAUUGAAAACAGAUUACUUAUAUGGAAUUGUUAAAUUCAGAAGAAUACUUCAUUAUUUAAACUCUGCUGGCUUUGGUCAUUCAGUGUAGAUUGUUAAUAAAAAGAUUUUCAAUACGAAGAA